AUGGAUUAUUCCCAGAUGAUCGUCUCGCUGCUCUUCGUGUUCUGCCCGGGGCUGCUGCCGGCAGCUCCCGGAGCCGAGGCGGGCGCUCCGCCGCCCCCCGCCGCUGCCGCCGCCGCGCACCGCCGCGCCCGGCGCUGCUCCUGCUCCUCGCUGCUGGACGAGGAGUGCGUCUACUUCUGCCACCUGGACAUCAUCUGGAUCAACACCCCCGAGAAGACUGUUCCCUAUGGUCUUGGAGGCCCUUCUCGAUCCAGAAGAUCGCUGAAGGACAUGGUGCCGGAGAUGCUCGCUGAACCUAGCAGCAGAUGCCGAUGUGCCAACCAGAAGGACAAGAAAUGUCUGAACUUCUGCCAGACAGGAAAAGAUCUCUGGGCUCAGUCCACAGUGGAGAAAACCUCACGUCACCAGAACAAAGCUGGCAAUUGCGUUGGACCCAAAUGCAUGAACCGACAGCUUGUUGACAGCAAGAAAAUGAAGCGGCUGGAAGCCAUUGGUAACAGUAUCAAAGCUUCCUUCAGUAUUGCGAAGCUGAAGGCUGAGCUCCAAAAAGGGCGGAAGCUGAAACAUAACAGGGCGAACAAAAGGCAAAGCAUCUGGGAAAGCCUGAAAGCAUCCUAGUGGGAAGAUCACCUGAAUCUUUCUCCGUCACACUUGCUGACAAAGCGUCACCAAAACUCUCUCUUGACUUCUAACAUUCCACGAUGGCAAAGGGCCUCUCUGUCCAAGUGUUUGCGCAGCAGAGCAAAACACUAAGGAAGUCCUGUAUUUGGAGGUAUAAAAGCAAAGGAUGUCAUCAUUUUGGAAUUCAGAUGGAUGGGUAGAGGGGGUGAAGGGGAAUCUGCAGUAACAUACAUGAAAAGCCAUCUUUCUGAAGAAACAUUUGAAUAUUGCUUUGGGAAUGUUACCCAUCAACUGAGCAGCUUUCAGGGUCUACAUCAAAAGCGUCUUGCAAGGAAGACCUCACAGAUGUGCUUAGAAAGGACAGAAAGCAAGAUCUGAGUGGACAAACUUCAAAGCGAAAAACUCUACCUUUUGAUUAAAAUGCAAAAAUGAAAGCCACAGUGCUACUUUAAUCAGGACUUACUGCAUAUAUACAUGUCUACCUCGCGUACAGUUUGUUGCACUCCUGCUAGAGUAUUUUUACACCUUGUUAUUGCCUUUACUAAUCAGCUGCAACCCUUUGCCUUUUUUCAGAAGUCUAGUUUACUUGUACAACCAGAGUUAUCUGAAUGUG